AGAUGGAUGGCAUACGGGCAGAACAGAAGUCUCUUGCAGCAGAACUUGCCAGGCAGAAUCGCCGGGCAGCUACAGUGACCCCUGAGAUGUACAUCGAUUGUCAGAAACUACUACUGAAGUUUGGUGUUCCUUAUGUGAUAAGUCCGACCGAAGCCGAAGCCCAGUGCGCCGCAUUAGAACUAGCUGGUAAAUCAGAUGGAACUAUUUCAGACGACAGUGAUAUAUUCCUCUUUGGUAGCAAACGAGUGUAUAGAAAUAUCUUCGACACUAAAAUGGAAGCAGAGGAAUACACAAGUGAUGCAGUUAAGAGAAAGCUACUUCUAGACCGUUCGAGUCUUAUCUGCCUCGCCUUCAUCACCGGCAGCGACUACACUGAUGGCUUAAAAGGGUUUGGAGGAGUUAAUGCCGUGGAGAUUCUUCACGAGUUUUCUAUUAAAGAUUUCGAGGGUCUUGAGCAGUUUAGAGAGGUGUGGUGCUGCCAAGUGACUUUCCAUCUAAAGCAGUUUAUGACGCUUAUAGCAAUCCGGCGGUAGAGAAACAAACAGGGGAUUUUGAAUGGAAACAUCCAGACCUGGAGUUCCUUAAAUCAUAUCCUUUCAACUGUUGCAAAAUAAAUUGUCAUGCAUAAUUGUAUUUUUUUCAAAAUUUGAAUUUCCUUUACCAGGAUGCAUGGAGACUUGUCCUGUAAUUAAUUAUUCUCUGUGUCGUGAUAUUGCCUAGAUUCCGGCUAGCGGUUAUCACGGUACUAGUACCUAGGGCCACCAUAUACAAAAAUGGGCAUCUAAUAAUUAUUCAUUGGUAGUGUGACUUUGUUUUUUUUUAGUUAGUUGUGUUCUUUGUACUUUGUUAUAUACAUAUGUGCGUUUUCGUACGCUUCCUGUUCUUGAACGAGAACCACAACACUCGGUACUCUCGUUGUCCGCUUGCUUCGUAAUAUGUUGAUAACACAAGGAGAUAAGCAUCACUAAUAACUCCUUAACA